AUGGUCGAGAAGGUGGUCGUGACGGGCAUGUCCCUCAUGCUCGUCGUCGGUGUAGCUAUGGCGGUCAUCGCCGUCGUUAACAAGAACAAAAGUUCCGAUUCUAUGGUGGAGAAUCUGUCCCCAAAGAUGAAGGUUGUCUCAUCCCUUUGUUCUUCUACAAAUUAUCAAAACGAAUGUCAAAACACACUCGGCAGCACCGCUCAUAACGCCUCAGCAAGUGACCCUAAGGCGUAUGUUAAAGCCGCCAUUCUUGCUACUGUUGAAGAGAUUAAAAAGGGGUUUAACUUGUCUAAUAACCUUAUGGUGGAGGCUGCUAACAACGCCACCAUCAAAAUGAGUCUCGAGGAUUGCAAAGACUUAUUGCAAUACGCCAUUGAUGAGCUACAUGCUUCUUACUCCACUGUCGGCGACCCUGAAUUACACACUAAGGAGGAUCGCAUAGCUGAUAUCAAGAACUGGCUCACGGCUGUGAUUUCUUAUCAGCAAUCUUGUCUUGAUGGUCUUGAGGAAUUCGAUCCCCAACUCCGAAAGAAGAUGCAAGACACUCUUGAUUUUGCUGGCAGGCUCACCAGCAAUGCUCUGGCUCUUGUUGAUGCUGUUUCCAGCAUUCUUGAAAGAUACGGCUUGCAAUUUAAGAUUAAACCAAGUGGGCGCAGGCUUCUUGGAGCAACUGAAAUAGGGAGUGAUGGGUUCCCGACAUGGCUGUCGAGGACAGACAGGAAGCUGCUGGCAGCUAGAGGAGGUGGCGGCGGCAGAGCGAAGCCGAACGCUGUGGUGGCUAAGGACGGUAGCGGACAGUUCAAGAGCAUUGCUGCUGCAUUGGCUGCAUACCCAAAAGGCUCAAAAGGAAGAUAUGUAAUCUACGUGAAGGCAGGGAUCUAUAAUGAGUAUAUCAUUGUGACUAAAGAGAUGAGGAACGUUUUCAUGUAUGGAGAUGGCCCCAGAAAAACCCUUGUCACUGGCCGGAAAUGCAACCGUGAUGGCAUCACCACCCAAGACACCGCCUCUUUCUCCGCUCUAGGAAACGGAUUCCUGUGCAAAUCGAUGGGGUUCCAAAACACAGCCGGCCCACAAGGCCACCAAGCCGUAGCCCUAAGAGUCCAAUCCGACAAAUCCGCCUUCUUCAACUGCAGAAUGGACGGCUACCAAGACACCCUCUACGUGCAAACCCAUCGUCAAUUCUACCGGAACUGCGUCAUCUCCGGCACCGUGGACUUCAUCUUCGGCGACUCAUCCACCAUCAUCCAAAACUCCUUAAUCAUCGUCCGGCGCCCAAUGGACAACCAACAGAACACCGUGACAGCCCAAGGGCGGGCAGAUAUGAAAGAAAUCUCCGGCCUAGUAAUCCACAACUGCAGAAUCGUACCAGAACAGAAGCUGUUCGCAGAGAGAUUCAAGAUUAAGACGUACCUGGGAAGGCCAUGGAAGGCAUAUGCGAGAACCGUGAUAAUGGAGACGACAUUGGGGGAUUUCAUUCAGCCGGUUGGGUACAUGCCGUGGGCGGGGAACUUCGCGUUGGAAACUUGCUUGUAUAUGGAGUACGGGAACAGAGGGCCGGGGGCGAACACGAACAGGAGAGUGAAGUGGAAGGGCGUGAGAGUGAUCGGCAGAAACGAGGCUCUGAAGUACACGGCUGGGCCGUUUAUUCAGGGAAGAACGUGGCUUCCCACCACUGGUGGGCCCUACUUGUUGGGCUUCAGGAUCUAGAAAU